GAGCUUCUCCAGCCGAUCCCUGCCAGAUCCAGAGGCCGAUGCCGAGACGCGAGCUGCAAGCACCUUUCUCAUGAGCUCGGCACACAAUCGUCUCGCCAAGGCUUUGUCAACCGGCGGUUUUGACGGCAAGGAAGUCGAGAGCACCAAUCGCAAGAAGGACAAGAAGAAGCGCAAGAGCUCCUCUUCGUCAGGGAGCCACAGAUCCCAGGAUGAGGAUUAUGGCGACCUCAUGAGCAUCUUUGCUCUGCCGCCCAAAGAGUUCAACCGAGCUGCACGGCAGGGUCGUCUGGAUGACUUGACAUGCAAGCAGAUCGCUGUGUCUUUGUCGAAUGUCGCACCGUGUGUGCACGCAUCGGAUUUGCUUGCCAUUGGUGGCGAGUACGAGGCCAUGAGGAUGGAGACCUGUCGCCGACUCCGCAAGUCGAAGGACGAGCAGGGGAAGACUGAAUCAGUUUCUGAGCAGGUGACCGCGGCUAGUGGGUGCUGGAGGGCACGAUUGGCCGAGGUUGCAGAUCUCCGCAACUCGGAUCAUGUUGGACGUUUGCUUGCACUCGCACGGGUUUUAAAUCUCUCUCUUUGCAACCCAGUUAUCGGCAAGAACCUCACGGAUGUGACGAUCUCCAAUGCCAAAACGUUGGCUGAUGUGACUUCCCUGCUGAAAAGCCUCUGCAAGUCGCACAAGAGGACCCGAACAAGUGCCAG